GAACAGUUAAUAAGAGAAUGCGCCUUGCUAACUGUGCACAUUAUAACAAAGAGCUGGCAGCUCUUGAAGGAAAAGGGCUUGUGCCGCUGCCGUUCAAACUUGUCAGUCAACUCGUGCCAGCAGCCUCAGCGUCUGCCUCCCCAGCACACCCUCAUUACAUGUGUCUGUGGCCUGAUCCGUGCAUCUGCUCAGAGACGCUCCUGACAAGUCGAGAAUUUCUCCCUCUCUCCACGCGUGAAAAGAGUGGAUUUCUCCCUGCCUCUCUCCCGUCACCCCUGCUCCUCUCCCCAAGGAGGCUUCUUGAUUUAUGGUAGCUUUGGACGUCCUUCAGCGUCUGCCUGCCCUUGACUUUCAGAAUGGAAGAAGCUGAGCUGGUGAAGGGACGACUCCAGGCCAUCACAGAUAAAAGAAAAAUACAGGAAGAAAUCUCACAGAAGCGUCUAAAAAUAGAAGAAGAAAAACUAAAACACCAGCAUUUGAAGAAAAAGGCCUUAAGGGAGAAAUGGCUUCUCGAUGGAAUCAGCAGUGGAAAAGAACAAGAAGAGAUGAAGAAGCAAAAUCAACAAGACCAGCACCAAAUCCAGGUUCUAGAACAAAGCAUCCACAGGCUUGAGAAAGAAAUUCAAGAUCUUGAAAAAGCUGAACUACAAAUCUCAACUAAUGAAGAGGCAAUUUUAAAGAAACUAAAAUUAAUUGAGAGAACAACAGAAGACAUAAUAAAGUCUGUGAAAGUGGAAAAGGAAGAAACAUCAGGAGAGUCGAUUGAGUACAUCUAUGCUAAUAUUCCGGAUCUUCCAAAAUCCUACAUACCUUCCAAGCUGAGGAAAGAAAGAAAUGAAGGAAUGGAAGACGAUGAGCAAAAUAGAAAAGCUUUGUAUGCCAUGGAAAUUAAAGUUGAAAAAGACUUGAAGACUGGAGAAAGUACAGUUCUGUCUUCAAUACCUCUCCCAUCAGAUGACUUUAAAGGUACAGGAAUAAAAGUUUAUGACGAUGGGCAAAAGUCAGUCUAUGCUGUAAGCUCCAAUCACAGUGCCGCGUACAAUGGCACAGAUGGCCUGGCCCCAGUGGAGGUAGAAGAUCUUUUAAGACAAGCCUCAGAGAGGAACUCUAAAUCUCCAACGGAAUACCAUGAGCCUGUAUACGCCAAUCCAUUUUGUCGGCCUACAACCCCACAGAGAGAAAAGGUAACCCCUGGACCAGACUUUCAAGAAAUGAUAAAGAUUAGAGCCAAUGGACUGGGCAAUGACGUAAAUGAAUCCACACAUCAUAUGGACAAUGGACUCUCAGAGGAAAGAGGUGACAACAUCAAUCAUGUUGGUCCCACUCGGCCAGUCCCUCAUCCCCGGACAGUGCCUCGACAAACAGAAGAGAUGCCCCUCACCCCACAAAAGAGGCUAACAACUCCCUGGGAAGACUCGAACGUCUUACAGGACAAAUAUGCACCCUCUCCAAAGGCCAGACUGAACCCCUGCGAGGCGACAGCUGGAAAGUCGCCCCCUUGCCAGGAGGAGGAGGAGGACAUCAGAUAUAAUAUCGUCCAUUCCCUGCCUUCUGAUGUGGAUGAGGCAGAACCUGUGACCAUGAUCUUCAUGGGGUAUCAGCAGGCAGAAGACAAUGAGGAAGAAAAGAAGCUCCUGGCGGGGUAUGAUGGGAUCAUCCACGCAGAACUGGUUGUGAUUGAUGACGAAGAGGAGGAGAGUGAGGGCAAAGCUGAGGAACCCUCCUUCCAUCCCAUCGCUCCCCACAGUCAGGUUUACCAGCCAACCAAACCCACACCACUUCCUAGAAAGAGAUCAGAAGUUAGUCCCCAGGAAAAUACAAACCACAACUCUCCCCACAAAAACUCCAUGUCUUUGAAAGAGCAAGAAGAAAGCCUAGGCAGCCCUGCCCACCAUUCUCCACUCAAUGUUCCAGUAGCUGGAGAUGGGACUGAGGAUCCAUCUUUAACAGCUUUAAGGAUGAGAAUGGCAAAGCUGGGGAAAAAAGUGAUCUGAUAGGUGUGCAUCAAUGAUAACAUCCUUUGGAGAAGCAGCUAAGAAAUGUAUGAAAAUUGCUCUUCCGGAUUUUUGCUCUUUUUUCUGAAGUCCAAAAAAUUAUAAAUAUACCCAUAUUAAGCCAUGUGAAUUAGUAAUAGCCAUUAUUUGUAAAAAAAAAAAAUCCAAAAUGCUGGGAAGAAAAAAUGCUUAACUUUUCCAGUUAUUUAACAUGAUUCAAUGGGGGGAAAACCAGUAUAUUUUUAUUGCAUUAAUACCAAAGCAUUUCUAAUAAGAGCUUGUAAAUUUUAAAAUAAAGUUAUUUGAAAUAUCC